AAGGAGGUGCGCAUGCUUGAAGGAAGCGGAAGUCCGGAUUUCCGGCCGGCGCUUGAAGGUGCGGAUUCCGGGCUUCCGGGUGGGCGUGGGGGCCGGACGAGCUAGGGGUCGGCGGCGUGGCAAGAGGACAGGGCUAUGGAGAAGCUGCGGCGCGUCUUGAGCGGCCAGGACGACGAGGAGCAAGGCCUGACGGCGCAGGAUUCCCAGAUGAUCUGCUGAGGUCCUGGAUGCCUCAUCCCUGAGUUUCAACACCAGGUUGAAGUGGUUUGUCAUAUGCUUUGUUGCUGGCAUUUUCUUUUCAUUCCUUGGAACGGGGUUGCUAUGGCUUCCCAAUGGCAUGAAACUCUUUGCAGUAUUUUACACCCUUGGAAACCUUGCUGCAUUGGCCAGUACAUGCUUUUUAAUGGGACCUGUGAAGCAACUGAAGAAAAUGUUUGAAACAACAAGAUUGCUUGCAACAAUUAUUAUGCUUUUGUGCCUGGUAUUUACCCUGUGUGCUGCUCUGUGGUGGCGGAAGAAGGGGCUGGCCUUACUCUUCUGCAUAUUGCAGUUCUUGUCGAUGACCUGGUACAGUCUGUCCUACAUCCCGUAUGCAAGGGACGCGGUGCUCAAGUGCUGCUCCUCACUCUUGGGUUGAAAGUCGCAGGAGCCCAGGAGGAGUGCUUGGGAACAGUGCUGAUGCGGUGCCUGCUCCAGUGAUCGCCUCAGAAGCAGCAGCAGCAGCAGCCUCAGCCCAUGCCAUGGACCGCUGCACCUCACUGCACGGCCCUCCAUUCCCUGCCCGCUAACCUCUGCUUCCAAAGACAGGAGGGCGUAAUCAUUGCCACUUGUAAAUAAGUUUUACUCAGUUUUUAGUCUUUACAAACAGCUUUUGAAAUGUGAAUAUUUAAGGUAUAAACCUGUGUUGUAAGAUAUAUCCAGCUUAUUUGGCUUUUUAAAUGCUCUACAACUUUAAAAGAAUUUUUUUUUAACUUUAAAAAUGUGAAACUUUAUAUACUUCAAGCUUAAAAUUACUUAUUAAGUGUAAUAAAAAAGUAAUAUAUGUAUCUUUACAGUUUUGAAAUAAACUACUCUUGGAAAUGUAA